UUCCAGACUGGUUCCAGACUGGUUCCAGAGCGGCCAGUAAAACCACUUCCACAGGAAAAAGUCACAUCACAAUAAUGCCUCAAUAAAAAUCUAGUGAUGUCAUAUAUUUAGAUGUUUCCUAGUAAAGAGAACAGUAAGGAGAGCCAGUUAAAAUGUAUCAAUAAAUGUAUACAUAAAUAAGUAAUAAAUAAUGGAUGAUUAAUGUGUGAUUAACUAAAUGAAAGUUGAUAGAGCUGAUAAAUAUUAUUAUUCAAUUAAAUAAAUUGUAAUUAAAUUGGACAUAAAUGUAUAACAUGAAUUCAUUUCUAAAUGUUCCUUUCCUUUAUUCUUCAUUAUAUCUAUUUUUACUGUAAAAUAGUCAACUUUUCAUGUGAUAACAACAGAAACCCCUUUUUCAGCUUUGUGAGGGGCAUUUUGUGUCGUCUUCUCUUCUUUUUGUUGUUGUUUUUUUCAACACAAACCACUGAGUCACACACUAGAGCAGCUGGAGCCAAAAGCUGCUUCUCCGCCAUUUAGUCAGUUUUUACUAAGAGCAUGAUGAGGAAAAAACUGCUAAAAGAAUCUAGUUGUAGUCUGUAAAUAGUGACCCUGAAAGAUUGACAGUCUGUCUAAAAUCUCAGUGUGAGACUAAAAACUCUACAUUCUUGUCUUUCCAGGAGUCUUUUCUAAAUCUUUUCAAAGUCUUCUGGUAUAUAGGGAGCAUUAAGCAGUACUGGAUGCAAAGUCCAGGUCCAGUGUUGCACGGACUCCACUCCGUGAUUUCCCGUCAGCCCCAGCGGCUUCUGUGGCCGGUGUGUGUGUGUGUGAGUGUGUGUGUCUGUGUGUGUGGAGCGGAGUGUGUUCAGAGUGCAGCGGAGCGCGGCUGCCGGAGCCUUGUGUCGCUGUCAGGGAGGGUUAAAGCCGGACUUAGCGGAGCAUAAGCGGGGAGGGCAGGCCCGGGUCCCCGGCUCCACAUCCAGGAGCGUCUGGAUCACAACAAAGCCGGAGAGAGUGAGGGGGGCUCGGCUGGCUGCUGCGCGGCGCGGCGCUGCGGGGGAUGUGCGCACACAAUGGGAGAGGAGCUGGCACGGUCCGGGACGCGGCGCUAGAAUAAUAUCCCCCCCUCAGUUUGUUUGGAAUGCGGCCGCGGGUCCCGGAGCAGGACUCCCGACGGUAAGGACAUCCUCUGGCCGGACAGGAGAGUGUUUUCCCGGCCGGGGGUCGCCUCGGUGUUCCGGACAGAGCGCCGCUGUGAACCCGGAGCCAGCAGCGGAGGACGCGCCUGUUUGUUGCAUUUGUUGCCAGUUUGAAUUCCGCUGGGAUGAACACGGAAUGUGUUUCCUGCGUCAAAGUCCGCGCUGUUUGCACAUCUGGAUGAGUCGGUUAUUGCCCCCCAGCGUCUUCUUCUGUGGUGCUGUUGAACCCAUUUAACCGUCCGUAGAGAAGGUCAGUCAGAGAAAUAGAAGAAAAAAGUCAAAAAGCACUAAAAAGCCAGUUUGUAAUUGUUGUUAGUGAUGUACCUGCUGGACAGUCCGUGCACUGACAGGAUGGAGAGGGGCACGCCUCAGAGGAAAACCGUCUACAGGAUCUCCCUCACCCUGGUGAAGAGGGAGAGUUUAGAUGCUGAUGAUGAUGAUGAGUCGGGCCCCCAGCGGGCGGAGAACCCCAAGGUGGGCUCCUUCAGGAGAGAGGGCUCUGUGGACGUCCAGCGGAGCGGCCUGCUGGAGCAGCUGAAGGAGGUGGAGAACGAAUCGGACGACUUCUCGUCGUCGCACGGCUUCAUGAGGAACUUCAGGACGUUCAGCACGGGCCAGCUGGAACUGGGGAGGCUAAAGCUCGCGAGGAAGCUUCGCCUGCAGAAAGAGCUGAAGGAGAAGGCCAGCAGCCCGGUGGCAGAGCUCAGCAGAGAGGCCUCUGAGAACAUGUGCAGCCAGGGGAACACUCAGGGGCAGAGAGGCGAGCAGGAAACAGAGGAUUCAGACGGACUUAAAGAGGAUAUUUGCACUGAAACUCCACAAACGGAUGUAGAGAACGGUGUGGACAAGAAGAGGAGGCUCCUGAAGGCGAAGAGCAUGGAGGAGAGGAGCUCGGUUCCUCCUCCGGACACUAAAAUGUGUCAUUCCAAAAGCAACGGCAAAGACGCCAAAGUGUCCUCCCCUGAGACGCCCCCUCUGAAGCGUCCGCCCGGCCUGCUGCGCCGCAGCUUCAGCUUCAGACACUGGACGGGUGGCGAGCUGCUGCGUCUGAGGGCGCUCUCCAAAGACAAACACCACAGCAGCUCCGGCUGCAUCAGCCGCGAUGCUGCACCGGACGGCAGCGAGAAGGACGCCGAGUCUCCCGUGGCGCCCCGUGCUCCUCGCCUUGACCCCACCAGGCAGAAGAGCAGGACUCUGGAGGUCGGCGCCGUCCUAAACAAGACGGAUUCCAUGUCGGAGCUGAGCCGCUGGGAGAGAGCGAGGGGCAACAAGAACCGCACGCUGGACAACAGCGACCUGCUGCGGCUGGCGGCGGAGAAGGAUGGCUCGGGAGGCUUCCUGCUGAGGGGAGGAGGAGGGCGCUCCAGCGAGAGGCGGCUGGUUCGCUUCUUCAGCGGGAUCUUCUCGAGGAGGGACGGGGCGUCCACCUCCACCCCGGUGGGAAGCCCCAGCACCAGCCGCUCCCUCCGGCGGAGCAAGAGAGGGGUGCUGUCCCAGUCAAGCACCGAGAGCAUGAACGGAGGAAGCACUGAAGACGCGUUCGUGAACAGUCAGGAGUGGACGCUGAGUCGGACUGUGCCCGAACUAAAAGUGGGCAUUGUGGGUAACUUGGCCAGUGGUAAGUCGGCGCUGGUGCACAGGUACCUGACGGGGACGUAUGUGCAGGAAGAGUCGCCUGAAGCUGACGUGGACGCAGGAGGCCGCUUCAAGAAGGAGAUCGUGGUGGACGGUCAGAGUCACCUGCUGCUCAUCAGAGAUGAAGGAGGCCCCCCGGAGCCCCAGUUUGCCUUGUGGGUGGACGCUGUGAUCUUCGUCUUCAGUCUGGAGGACGAGAUCAGCUUCCAGACGGUCUAUCACUACUUCAGCCGCCUCGGCAACUACAGAAACGCUGCCGACCUGCCGCUGGUCCUGGUCGGCACGCAAGACGCCAUCAGCUCGGCCAACCCCCGAGUGAUCGACGACAGCCGGGCCAGGAAACUCUCCAACGACCUGAAACGCUGCACGUACUACGAGACCUGCGCCACCUACGGCCUCAACGUGGAGCGAGUCUUCCAGGACGUGGCCCAGAAGAUCGUGGCCACCAGGAAGAAGCAGCAGCUGUCCAUCGGGCCGUGCAAGUCGCUGCCCAACUCACCGAGUCACUCGUCCGUCUGCGCCACACAAGUGUCCGCUGUCCACAUCAGCCAGACGAGUAACGGCGGCGGCAGUCUGAGCGACUACUCGUCGUCAGUGCCGUCCACGCCGAGCACGAGCCAGAAGGAGCUCCGCAUCGACGUCCCGCAGACCACCAACACGCCGACCCCCGUCAGGAAGCAGUCCAAACGCCGCUCCAACCUCUUCACCUCGAGGAAGGCGAGCGAGCCGGACAAGGACAAGAAAGGCCUGGAGGCUCGAGCCGACAGCAUCGGCAGCGGGCGCGCCAUCCCCAUCAAACAGGGCAUGCUGCUGAAGAGGAGCGGUAAAUCCCUCAACAAGGAGUGGAAGAAGAAGUACGUGACGCUGUGUGACAACGGACUGCUCACCUACCACCCCAGCCUGCAUGACUACAUGCAGAAUGUGCACGGUAAGGAGAUCGACCUGCUGAGGACCACGGUGAAGGUGCCGGGGAAGAGGCCACCGCGUGCCGUGUCCACCUGCGCCGCCGUGCCAAGUCCAAAAACCAACGGGCUCACCAAGGACAUGAGCAGCAUGCAGCUCGGACAAACUCCAGGUUCGGUGACCACCAGCUCGUCGGUGUCUCAGAUGGCGAGCGGAGUCAGCCUGGUGUCCUUCAACAGUCGCGGCCUGGAGGGGAUGCAGCAGCGCUCCUACUCUGUGUCCAGCGCUGACCAGUGGACUGACGCCACCGUCAUCGCCAACUCCGGAGUCAGCACAGAUACGGGUCUGGGAGACUCGGUGUGCUCCAGUCCAAGUAUCUCCAGUACUACGAGUCCCAAGAUGGAGCCGCCGCCGUCGCCACACGCCAACCGUAAGAAGCACCGCAGGAAGAAGAGCACGAGUAACUUCAAGGCGGACGGCCUCUCUGGUACUGCAGAAGAACAAGAAGAGAACUUUGAGUUCACCAUCGUAUCGCUGACGGGGCAGACGUGGCACUUCGAGGCCACUUCAUACGAGGAGCGCGACGCCUGGGUCCAGGUCAUCGAGAGCCAGAUCCUGGCCAGCCUGCAGUCCUGCGAGAGCAGCAAGAACAAGUCUCGCCUGACGAGUCAGACGGAGGCCAUGGCGCUGCAGUCCAUCAGAAGUAUCCGAGGAAACGGACGCUGCGCCGACUGUGAAGCACAGAACCCAGACUGGGCAAGUCUGAACCUCGGGGCCCUGAUCUGCAUCGAGUGCUCGGGCAUCCACAGGAAUCUGGGCACCCACCUGUCCCGGGUCCGAUCUCUGGACCUGGACGAGUGGCCACUAGAGCUCAUCAAGGUCAUGUCGGCCAUUGGCAACGAGCUCGCCAAUAGCGUGUGGGAGGCCAACGCGCAGGGGCGCCUCAAACCUGCACCAGACGCCAGCAGGGAGGAGAGAGAGCGUUGGAUCCGGGCCAAGUACGAGCAGCGGUUGUUUGUGGCGUCGCUGCCCGGCACCGACCUCUCUCUGGGCCAGCAGCUGCUGAGGGCCACGGCCGAGGAGGACCUCCGCUCUGUGGUCCUGCUGCUGGCCCACGGCUCCCGCCAGCAGGUCAACGAGACCUGCGGGGACGGAGACGGACGCAACGCCUUGCACCUGGCCAGCCGCAAGGCCAACGUGGUCAUCACGCAGCUCCUCAUCUGGUACGGCGUGGACCUGAUGGCGAGGGACGCCCACGGGAACAGUGCGAUGGCGUACGCCCGGCAGGCCAGCAGUCAGGAGUGCGUGGACACGCUGGCUCAGUACGGCUGCCCUGACGAGCGCUACCCGCUCAUGGCCACGCCCAACCUGUCACGCCGCAACACCAACCGCAACAACAGCUGCAGCAGCGCCGGGAGCGCCGCCCUCAUAUGACCUCGGGAGGCCUCGCCACCUGACUCGACCACAAACUGACCCCGUUUGGGAGAGCUUUUAUUUUGGGAACCACUACCUGUCGUGACUCGGCCGUCUGCGCUGCAUCCUUCUGGGGGGAGAGACCCCAGAGCAUGAUGGGAAAUGUGGUCCAUGAUCGACCGUCCACAAACGACGUGGCCGGCUCAUCGGAGCAUCUUGGGAAAUAAUCACGUGACUUUUUACAGCCAAUGGCGGCCAGUCUGAAGCUCCAGGGACAUCAUACCUCAUCACACACACACUACAUGAAAAGUUCCCGCUCUCUGAGUCCAAAACUGAUUUUUACCCAACAGCCAAUCAGAAACGUGUCUCACCAAAACAUAUCGUCGACUCUGUGAAACGAAGAAAACUGUGAGACAAAAAUAUCACGAAGGAAACAAGCGGGGAGUCUUCGUAGCAUGCCCACAUCAUCAUCAUCAUCAUCAUCAUCAUCACUCGAGGACUCCCCGCCCCGCAGCAUCAGUGUUUCACCUCUAUUUUUAAUUUUAUUUCAUGACUUCUGGAACUCUCCUGCCUUCACACAAUUUUUUUUUUAAAUGUGAAAAAUAUAUCAAUGUUUAAGAGGAAAAAAAUCUGAUCUUAGAGGUAGAAAAGAAGUGUGGUAGAUCGCAUGUCCUAAACACUUUUUGCCUCUUUUUUUUCCCUCCAGUUAAUUUAAGGCAUUUUUCCUGGAUUGUGUAUAUUGUAUGUUGGUGUGCAUUGCUGGACCAAUCGUUUGAAAUGUCAACCUAGGGAAGGCUUUUCUUUGGGAGGGUGUAUAAAGUCAUUAAUGUACAGAAGCUCUUGCCAGGCUCAGGGACCGGAGACUGUCGCCUAUAAACAUCUUCAACUCCUCUUUUUCCAGCGUUCUUAAAGUUUCGGGUUUAAUUUGUUUUCACUUCAGGCUUGAUGAUAUGAAAUAUGUCACAUUUUUCUCGAUAACCAUGAAUAUAGCAAUCUGGAUCUCGACUCACUGUUUCAAACACAGCAAGAAGUUUUCAUAUUGCUCUUUUCGUCCAGCUAAAGGCCCAAAACACAAAGACAAAUUCACAGCUAACAGACGAAGGGACAAAUGAAUUAAUGUGAUUACUGAGGGCUGAAACCAGCCAGUCCAGAUCAAACCUACACUGCAAAAAAAGUUGUUUAGUAUAAAAACCAGAUAAAAACAGUAAAU